ACAUGCGCAGGCAUGAGCGAGAGCGCCUCCUUCACUACUACGCACUUCAGAGAUUCCUCCUGUUGUCAUGGGCCGCCGCCCUGCCCGUUGUUACCGGUACUGUAAGAAUAAGCCUUACCCAAAGUCUCGCUUCUGCCGAGGUGUCCCCGAUGCCAAGAUCCGCAUCUUUGACCUGGGUCGGAAGAAGGCCAAAGUGGAUGAGUUCCCACUCUGUGGCCACAUGGUGUCUGAUGAAUAUGAGCAGCUCUCUUCCGAAGCCCUGGAGGCCGCCCGAAUUUGUGCCAACAAGUACAUGGUGAAAAGUUGCGGCAAAGAUGGCUUUCACAUUCGAGUGCGACUCCAUCCAUUCCAUGUCAUCCGCAUCAACAAGAUGUUGUCCUGUGCUGGUGCUGACAGGCUUCAGACAGGUAUGCGAGGUGCCUUUGGAAAGCCCCAGGGUACGGUGGCCCGAGUCCACAUUGGUCAAGUCAUCAUGUCCAUCCGCACCAAGCUUCAGAACAAGGAACAUGUGAUUGAAGCUUUACGCAGGGCCAAGUUCAAGUUCCCUGGGCGCCAGAAGAUUCAUAUCUCCAAGAAAUGGGGCUUUACCAGGUUUAAUGCUGAUGAAUUUGAAGACAAAGUGGCUAAGAAGCGCCUCAUUCCCGAUGGUUGCGGAGUCAAAUAUGUCCCCAACCGUGGACCUUUGGACAAGUGGCGAGCUCUGAACUCCUGAGGUCUUUGACAACACUGCCAACUUUGGCCAUGCUGGUCUAAAUUUUGUUCACCAAUAAAUUGUAUUUACUGGCAAAAA